GACCGCGCGUACGAAAAACGGGAAGGUGUUCUUCGUCGCGUGUCCGUCAGCCCUCGAGGACUGUCAACGUCCGCAGGAAACGUAAGAACACUUGAUGAACAAAAUCUUGACAACUGCUAGAAUUGUCUUCAGAAGUGCCAAGUUCGCCAGGGAGGAUUAACGGAGUGUGACAGGGGUGGUAACGUGGCUACGAGGCGCCAUUAUUUAUUUACCUAGGGUUUCUUUCUCGCUUGGUGCUGAAGGAUACGCUCAGGGAACCAGAAGAACCUGGAUAGCUACUGGUUACCACGUACAGGAUUACUCGGGACUUUGUAUUCUUUCGAAACAACGUCUCGUGGUGCUCCCUUAUGGGACGGUGAAUCGUGACUAUGAGGACACGGUGAGGAUCUUCGAUCGACUCAGGGCGAACAGUCUAUGGUCAACGAGAAUUAGUUAAUUCUCCCGUUUCUUCGUCUCGGUAUCUCGCCUUCACUAGUUCCCCACGUGUGUGCUCCAAAGUUCCCCGUGUUCCCCGCGAGUGUCUACGUUGAGCGUGUCUAUCUUGAACGUUGUCGCAGGUGAUCGAGCGUGAAGGUUUCCUAGCUGAGUGAUUCCAGCACCUGUGAUGUUUGGGGUAAUGAGAACUUGGCAGAGAUAACGCGGUGUUACCGUGGUCGAGAUCCGUGUUCGACUGGGACGAUAACGAAAGUCGUGACUGGGCAUUGACUCGAUUCGAUGGAGACGACCUGCUACUCGAGUAGACCCCGUUCAAGGAGGUCUGUCAGAGUGUGAUCCGUGUGAUCGUCGUGGCCAAUUUGGGCUCUCGGUUGUCAGACGCUCCUCGAACGACGAUCGUUCGCCAGAGACGAUCCAAAGGCUUUCCAGGAUGAUGUUUUUCGAUUGAGAAGGAUGCUACGCAGGACGAAUCGAAUGAAACGUGAGUGCCUGGUGUUCUCGACAGGGUGGUUCCAGUGAAAGAGACGCAGCAAUCGGACGGACUCGUCGCUGCGAUAGAACUCGUGCUGACAUAGAAACUGAAUGCUCAACGUUGUACGUGGAAUAGAAAGGGAAUGUGCAGACAAUGACGGUCCUCUGAGGGUUGCCGUCUCCACGUGCCACGAGCCCCCGAAGAUGUGUUCUGUGUUAAAGUGUCCGUGAACGACCCAGUUCCGUGUGUUUAUGUAUUCGUUGUUAACGAGCAUCAUAGUUUGCCCCGCGACGGAGUGCACAAGAACGAUGUCAUAGUCAGGUGCGAGCUGAAGUCACGUCGGACACAAUGGCACUGUUGUUCGCCAUCAUUGUCAUCUUGGUCACCACUGCCAUGUCGUUGCCGCCCGUCAUCAGAAUCGGUGCGAUCUUCACGGAGGAUCAAAAGGACAGUCCGUCAGAGCUGGCGUUCAAAUACGCCAUUUACAAAAUCAACAAGGACAAAACUCUCCUGACGAACACGACGUUGGUCUACGAUAUACAAUACGUGCCCAAAGACGAUUCAUUCAGGACGUCGAAGAAAGCUUGCGAACAGCUGUCCAGGUCGGUCCAAGGGAUCUUUGGGCCUUCCGAUCCUCUUUUGGGCGCUCAUAUCCAGAGCAUAUGCGAGGCUUUGGACGUCCCGCAUCUGGAAGCGAGAGUCGACUUCGAGCCGACAUUCAAGGAGUUUAGUAUAAACCUCUAUCCCUCGCAGGACCACUUGAACAAGGCUUUCAAGGAUCUUAUGUCCUUCUUAAACUGGACUAGAGUGGCGAUCAUCUACGAGGAAGACUACGGAUUGUUCAAGCUGCAGGACCUCGUGAAAUCUCCACCCUCUGCGAAAACGGAGAUGUACAUUCGCCAGGCGGGACCUGGGUCCUACAGGCAGGUCCUUCGAGAAGUCAGACACAAGGAGAUUUACAAGCUGAUCGUUGACACGGAUCCUGCGCACAUGCAACAAUUUUUUCGAGCGAUACUCCAGCUGCAGAUGAACGAUUACAGAUACCACUACAUGUUCACCACGUUUGACAUCGAAACGUUCGAUCUCGAGGACUUUAAAUACAACAGCGUGAACAUGACUGCGUUCCGUCUGGUGGAUCUCGAGGAACCGAAGGUAGCCGAAGUUCUCCGGCAGAUGGAACGCUUCCAGCCGUUUGGCCACGCGAUCCUCAACAAAACCGGAGUUAUCCAGGCAGAACCAGCUUUGGUGUACGACAGCGUGCAGGUUUUCGCGCACGGUUUGGCGGCGUUGGAUCGCAGCCAUGACUUGAGGCCUGUCAAUUUGUCCUGCGAGAAGGAGGAGCCCUGGGACGAUGGCCUGUCCCUCUAUAACUACAUUAACGCCGCAGGCUUACACGGCCUAACCGGACAUAUCGAGUUCAACGAAGGGAAACGAAACAACUUCAAGCUGGACCUGCUGAAGCUGAAGAAAGAGGAUCUGGUGAAAGUUGGAGAGUGGAAACCGGGGUCUGGCGUGAACGUGACCGACGUGGGUGCCUUUUACGAGACGACGGCGACCAAUAUCACUCUGGUUGUUAUGACGAUAGAGGAGAAACCGUACGUGAUGGUAAAAGAGGACAAGAAUCUGACGGGGAACGCGAGGUACGAGGGGUUCUGCAUCGAUUUGCUCAAGUGGAUCGCCGACCAGGUGGGCUUUCAAUACGCCAUAAGGCUGGUGCCUGAUCGCAUGUACGGCGUUUACGACCCUGAGACCAAGGAGUGGAACGGAAUAGUGCGGGAACUGAUGGAGAAGAGAGCUGACCUGGCUGUCGCGUCUAUGACGAUAAACUAUGCUCGGGAGAGCGUGAUAGACUUCACCAAACCGUUCAUGAACCUUGGUAUUGGAAUUCUGUUUAAGGUGCCAUCCAGCCAGCCGACGCGGUUGUUCUCCUUCAUGAACCCGCUGGCCGUCGAGAUCUGGCUGUACGUGCUGGCCGCGUACAUGCUCGUAAGCUUCACCCUGUUCGUAAUGGCACGAUUCAGCCCAUACGAGUGGAACAAUCCUCACCCGUGCCUGGCGGAGAGCGACGUCGUCGAGAACCAGUUUAGCGUCAGCAACAGUUUCUGGUUUAUCACUGGCACGUUCCUCAGGCAGGGCAGCGGGCUCAACCCCAAGGCAACUAGCACAAGAAUAGUGGGCGGUAUCUGGUGGUUCUUCACGCUGAUCAUCAUCUCCUCUUACACGGCGAAUCUGGCCGCCUUCCUAACCGUGGAGAGAAUGAUAACGCCGAUCGAGAACGCGGCCGAUUUGGCGGAGCAAACCGAGAUCUCCUAUGGCACUUUGGACGGCGGGAGCACGAUGACAUUUUUCAGAGAUUCGAAAAUCGGGAUAUAUCAGAAGAUGUGGAGGUUCAUGGAGUCGAAGUCGAAGGCCGUGUUCGUGCAGAGCUACGAGGAGGGGGUGAAGAAAGUGCUGGAGAGCAACUACGCUUUCUUAAUGGAAUCCACCAUGCUCGAUUAUGCGGUACAACGGGAUUGCAAUCUCACGCAAAUCGGUGGCCUGUUGGACAGCAAGGGCUACGGAAUUGCCACUCCUAAAGGUUCACCCUGGAGGGAUAAAAUUUCGCUGGCGAUUCUGGAGCUGCAGGAGAAGGGCGUGAUACAGAUUCUGUACGAUAAGUGGUGGAAGAACACGGGCGACGUGUGCAACAGGGACGAGAAGAGCAAGGAGAGCAAAGCGAACGCCCUCGGAGUCGAAAAUAUCGGUGGUGUCUUUGUCGUGCUGCUCUGCGGCCUGGCGCUAGCGAUCCUCGUGGCGAUCCUCGAGUUCUGCUGGAACUCGAAGAAGAACGUCCAAUCGGACAGGUCCUUGUGCGCCGAGAUGGCCUCGGAAUUGCGGUUCGCCGUGCGGUGCGGCUCGCGGCAGAGGCCAGCGGCGAAGGCGCGCAAUUCCGACGCCGCGGUGCCGUGCGGCCGUUGCAGCCCACGUGCCAGCAGGAGGAGAACGCGAUAUUGCUCGACUGGCCACGAGGAGACCACCUACAUACCGAGCAUCGAGAUACCGCGGUUAAAUGCAGGAGGGUGGUGCGUUGUCGAUGACGGAGAUGAAGAAAUCAUUGAGCUUCGAUCAAGUGGCGGCGGCCCGUGGCGGGAACACCUAGCACAGGCCUCAUCCUCAUCUUCAUCCUCAGCAGCCGCAACAGCAGCAGCAACAACAACAGCCACCGCCACCGUGCAAAGCCACGCCCACGCACACGCGUCACACACACUGCCACUCACAUUCACACAGUCACAAUCACAGUCAUACGCACAAGCACCAACCACCCCCACCGAGACAGAGACGGGGUUCUUCAAGCAUCGGCUUGGGUCAAGGAGGUGACCACCCUGAGAGUAUUCUCUGGAGAUUCGACUGCGACCUGGCGGGUGAGCCAGACGUGGUGAUAUCGCCGCCGCCGCCGCCACCCCCGCCCUCGGCGGCCGUGUCGAGGACCACGACCCUUUG